AUAAGAGAGAGAGAAGAGAGAGAGAGAUCUUUCUCCAUGGUUGCUUGUCUAGGGCAAUAGUCAUAACAGUAGUGGGGUUCUCAUGGUCAACCUAUGUAGAGAAAGAGAGAACCCAUAUAUAAAUGGGUAUUUGCUUAAUUCAUCCACCCUUCCAAGUCUUCCACCUCUCCUCCUCCUUCUUAUUCACCAUUCCCUGCAAUCAGACUUGUUCCAAUACCUCCAACAUAUCUCCUUCAUCUCCAAGAGUAGGUGAUAGGAUUUAAGAAGAAAUGGGUUUUGAUGAUCUGUGUAAUACAGGCCUUGGCCUCGGGCUUUUGAGCUUUGAGGGGAAUAAUAAUCUUCCCAAAUCAGAUCUUCAACAACGCCACAAACGGUCCCUAAACUUGUUCCCUCCUUCCCUUACUUUGGCCCUCUCGGACGACAACAAUUAUCAAGCGGUAGAAGCCCAGAUUGACGUGAACAAAGCGUGUGAAGAGCCUACCGAUCCAUGCCAACACGCUUCUCCUCACAGUGGAGUCUCAUCCUUCUCCAACGCAAGCAUCAAGAGGGAGAGAGACCCAGGAAGCGAAGAGGUGGAGAUUGAAAGGGUCUCUUCCAGAGCCAGCGAUGAAGACGAUGAGGGUAGUGCAAGAAAGAAACUAAGGCUCACCAAGGAACAAUCUGCCCUCUUAGAGGACAGUUUCAGAGAGCACAGUACUCUCAAUCCGAAGCAAAAACAAGCUUUGGCAAAGCAAUUGAAUCUGAGGCCCAGACAAGUAGAAGUGUGGUUUCAAAAUAGGAGAGCAAGGACAAAGCUGAAGCAAACAGAAGUGGAUUGUGAGUUCUUGAAGAAGUGUUGUGAGACACUAACGGAUGAGAAUAGAAGGUUACAGAAGGAGCUUCAAGAGCUUAAAGCAUUGAAACUAGCUCAUCAUCCACCACUGUACAUGCAACUCCCGGCGGCCACCCUUACUAUGUGUCCUUCUUGUGAGAGGAUCGGCGGUGGCAUCGCAGGAGGAGAUGGGUCAUCUUCUAAGACAAACCCUUUUGGAAUAGCACCAAAGACUCACUUCUAUAACCCCUUCAGCCAUCCUCCAUCCGCUGCUUGCUAGAUAGCUGAAACAACAAAUUCACAAUACGCUCUCUUUUUUGGUUCAGGGCUUUGUAUUAUCUUGUAGAAAUUGGAAGUAAUUACCUUAAUUUUUCUGGUAUCUGUAAAUGAAAUGUAAUGGAAUAUUAAUUAAAUUAAAGAAUAUAGAUAUGUGAAUUGAAUGAAGUAAUUUAAUUUUUA